GCCUCAGACGCCUUCUUCUCCUCAGACGCCUUCUUCUCCUCAGCCGCCGCCUUCUCCUCAGCCACCAUCUUCUCCUCAGCCGCCGUCUUCUCCUCAGCCGUCUUCUCCUCAGCCACCAUCUUCUCCUCAGCCGCCUUCUUCUCCUCAGCCGCCUUCUUCUCCUCAGCCGUCGCCUCAGCCGCCUUCUCCUCAGACGCCCGGGGCGUCCCUCCCGCCCUCCGUCCCUCCGUCCGUCCCGCCGGCCCCGAGCCGCCGCGCCGGGGAGGAUGAACGGAGGAUAAAUGGUGCCCAAGGUGGACAGCGGCGCCUUCCUCCUCCUCUUCCUGCUGGUGCUCACCAUCACCGAGCCGCUGCGACCAGAACUGCGCUGCAGCCCCGGGCAAUUUGCGUGCCACAGCGGGACCAUCCAGUGCAUCCCCCUGUCGUGGCAGUGUGACGGGUGGCCGACGUGUGAGGACGAGAGUGACGAAGUCGACUGUCCGGGUGUGCCCGGGGACCAGCGUCCUUAUCAUGGGAAGGAGAACGGGGAAUCCCGGCCCGGCCGAGGAAGAGGAGGAGACGCGACGCGCUCUCACGCCAUCAACGAGGCUCAGCCUGUUCGCUUUAGCAGUUUCCUAGGAAAGUGCCCGACAGGGUGGCAUCACUACGAGGGCACGGCCAGCUGCUAUCGGGUCUACCUGAGCGGCGAGAACUACUGGGAUGCGGUGCAGACGUGCCAGAGGGCGAACGGUUCGCUGGCCACCUUCACCACGGACCAGGAGCUCCGGUUCAUCCUGGCUCAGGAGUGGGACCUGGAGGCCAGCCCGUUCGCCGGGAAGGACCAGCGCAGGUUCUGGGUCGGCUAUCAGUAUGUCAUCACCAGCCGAAAUCGCUCCGUCGAAGGUCGCUGGGAGGUGGCUUACAAGGGCUCUUCCGAGGUGUUUCUGCCGCCGGAUCCCAUCUUCGGGUCAGCCAUGGCCGAGAGCGAGAAGGUGCUUUGUGCCCAGCUCCAGUGUUUCCACUUCCCGACCCUGCGCCACCACGGCCUGCACAGCUGGUAUGCCGAGAACUGCUACGAGAAGUCUUCAUUCCUUUGCAAGAGGAGUCAGACCUGCGUGGACAUCAAGGACAACAUCGUGGACGAAGGCUCCUCCUUCACCCCGAAGGGAGACGACCCGUGCCUGAGCUGCACCUGCCACAACGGGGAGGCGGAGAUGUGCGUGGCCGCCUUGUGUGAGCGCCCGCAGGGCUGCCAGCAGUACCGCAAGGACCCCAAGGAGUGCUGCAAGUUCAUGUGUCUCGACCCGGAUGGCAACAGCUUGUUUGAUUCCAUGGCGAGCGGAAUGCGUCUGAUUGUGAGCUGCAUCUCCUCUUUCCUCAUCCUGUCCCUGCUGCUCUUCAUGGUCCACCGGCUGCGUCAGCGGCGCCGGGAACGCAUCGAGUCUCUGAUCGGGGCCAAUCUGCACCACUUCCACCUGGGGAGACGGAUGCCGGGCUUCGACUACGGCCCGGACGGUUUCGGCACCGGCCUGACCCCUCUGCACCUUUCCGACGAUGGGGAGGGCGGGGCCUUCCACUUCCACGACCCCCCGCCGCCCUACACAGCAUACAAGUACCCAGAAAUCCAGCACCCAGACGACCCCCCUCCCCCGUACGAAGCGUCCAUCGGGCCGGACCCCCACGGGGGCCGCGCCGUCCCAGAUGACACACCCCCGCCGCCGGCGCCGAGCGUCCGGCCGCCUUCGGGAGACGCGAGCACCGUGUCUCCCCGGCUUCCAGGAGACCCUCUUCCCGCCCCCGGAGACCCCUCUCCCACCGAGCCGGAAGACUCUGCUCCCGGCAGCACCCUGCUCGCGCCUCCUGGCCCGGCCCCCGGUGAGCACGCCCCAACAGAAACUGUGGCCGGCUGCUGCCCCAGUCCCUGUUCUCUGGACACCACGGUGUAGGAGGAAGCGUCGUCGUCGUCGUUGUCGUCGUCGUCGUCGUCGCUGCUGUUUGCACAGAGCUGAGCGAGAACCCGAGCCCCGGGCCGGACCCUGGAAGGGGGUUGGCCCCUUGGGCUUGAGCAUUCGCUUCUUUGUUCUUCGUUAGCGUCGCCUUCUCGAGUCGUGUCUGGUUUCUGGUGGUGUGGUUGUAUGUCCCCGCGUCUGUCUGAUUGUAAAUAUGGAGCGGGAAGGAGGCGGCCCACGGCGGGGAAAGGCCGCUCGUUUUCUGGAGAGAGAGAGAGAGAGAGAGAGAGAGGAGGAGGAACCGAAGUUGUUUUUUGCACCUUUUCGUAGUGAGGAAGGGCAAGAGGCGUGACAGUUAACCUUUCUGAACGAGGACGGCGCAGGGUCUUGGGCCUUGCGUCCUGAGGGGCCCAGGAGGAGGCGGUCCCCGGGAAGGCCUCCCGGGGCUGAUGUUCCCUCUGCGGGGAGAUGGGGGCAAGGGUGGGGCCUUGCAGGAAAAGGAGGAAGAGGAGGAGGAGUGGCGGCUGAUGGGCUUGGCCAACCGCUCUCAGAGGGAUGGGAACCGGGCAGCCUCUGUCAGGUUUGGUCUCUGGGAGACGGUGCUGGCCGUGUCAAGUGGGUGUGCGCCGCCCUCGCACCCAUCGAGCGGGAGAAAGUAGCAGGUGCCAUUCAGAUACCGGACGACCAAGGGGCUGGGGAUCUCUCCGGGUGCGCAGCUUGGCUUGGUGGCGGUCAGAGGGAGGGCCGCAGGGUCCCGUUUGAGCCCUGCCCUGGGUCGUGGAAAUUUCAUCCCCCUUCAUCCUAGGUCUGCCUGGGGCCCGGCCGCUCCGCGGGUCCCUCCGUCUCACGGGUCGACGACGUCUAGCCCCUCUGCCUUAGGAUGUGAAGAUCCCGACCCCCUUCAGUCCAGGUCCGUUGGAGGUCUGUCUACACUGCGUGUCCACCCCGCUUGGUUCCACUAGCAAGGUUUCAUCACCCUAGAGCGGGAAAAUCUUUAAUGCUAGGUCCGUUUGAGGCCCGUCUACACUGUUGUGAACCCCGUAGUCCUGCCAGUACUGCUUGGUUCCAAUCCACCAGAUCAGUGGGCCGAUUGGAACCUCACCUCACUUCAUUUCCAGAUCCAUCUGAGGCCAGUCUACACCGGGGGGGCCUGUCUAUCAUGCAGUUUUGUCUACACUGCAGGCCUUUCUCAGCUGGGCCUGUCUACGGUGCUGGGUGACAGUUACACGGCUGGCUGUCCGUUGCCGUGGGCCCACGGGGGCCUAGCCCGGAAUUUAGUUCCCUCCAGAGAAAACCGGGUAUCGGGGGCUGGAGCGGGAAUGUUUCCAGACAGUCUGGGAGAGAGAGGGGCAGGUGGUGGCAGCUAAGUGAUGUGGCCUUAGGCCCCUAGAGAGCCUGUACCGUUCCAUCCUGUGCUGGCCCGCCCCGAAGGGAGAAGGAAAGGCAGGGCGAGCCGGCCCCGAGCCAACGGUUUCGAAAAUUCCCCGACUCCCAUCACGUGGCGGAUUAGGUGCCGGUGACGUCGCCUCGGUUACCCCGAGCGCCGGAUCUGGCUGUGCGGCGGCAGCCUGCUGCCCGGAAGAGGAAGGUACUAACUCGUUAUCUCGGCCCCGCCGGGCGCAGUUGUGGCAGAGGGUCUUCCCGUCCCGCUUCCCGUCGAGACACUCACCCUGCAGGAGCCGCUCAGAGAGGAGUGUCCAGGUUUCCCGAAGGCCUUUCGCUCCCCGCGGUGGGCAGCAGCGCAGGGCCGUAACAGGCUUCCCUUGCCUGGAGGGUUGGAUUUGAGGCAGGCGUGACCUCCAAGAUUCAGUUCAGGUCCCUUGUCGUUGGGCCCUUGUUCACCGGGCCCACGUCGCUGGUUCCGUCGCUUGCCCUCUGUCGCUGCUCCCCCGUCCACUUGGCCCCCUUGUCACCAGUCCCCUAUUACUUGUCCGCAUUUGUCCCUCAUUACCGGUUCUCAGUGGCCGAUCGCCUGUUCCCUGGACCCUCAUCCUUGGUCUCCCGUCUCGGCCCCCUUGUCAUCGUUCUUCCGUCACUGGUCCCUCAUCAUUGGUCCCCCAUCAGUGGAUCCUCACUGCUGGUCCUCUGUCACUGUUCUCGCGUCACUGGUCUUCCAGCACCGGUCCACCAUCUCUGGCCCCUCGUUGUUGGUCCCUCUCCAUCGCUAGUCCCUCAUCACCGGUCCUCUGUCACUGGUCUCCCAUCACUCGUCCCCUGCCGCUGGCCCGUUGUCAUUGGUCCUCGGUCACUGGUCCCCCAUCUUUGGCCCUUCACCCUUGGUCCUUCAUUGCUGGUGCUCUGUCACUCGUCUCCCAUUGUAAGUCAUCUGUCCACCGAUCCGUCAUUGCUAGUUUCUCUGCACCCCAAUUCUUUCCUCAUACUUGUCUGCAUUUGUUUGUCCCUCAUUACCGCUUCUCAGUGGCCGAUCACCUGUUCCCUGGACCCUCAUCCUUGGUCUCCCGUCUCGGCCCCCUUGUCAUCGGUCUUCCGUCACUGGUCCCUCAUCAUUGGUCCCCCGUCAGUGGAUCCUCACUGCUGGUCUUCUGUCACUGUUCUCACAUCACUGGUCUCCCAUCACCGGUCCACCAUCCCUGGCCCCUCGUUGUUGAUCCCUCGCCAUCGCUAGUCCCUCAUCACCGGUCCUCUGUCACUGGUCUCCCAUCACUCGUCCCCUGCCGCUGGCCCGUUGUCAUUGGUCCUCGGUCACUGGUCCUGCAUCUCUGGCCCUUCACCCUUGGUCCUUCAUUGCUGGUGCUCUGUCACUCGUCUCCCGUUGUAAGUCAUCUGUCCACUGGCCCCUCAUUGCUAGUUUCUCUGCAUCCCAAUUCUUUCCUCAUGCAGCAGUGAGCUCCCUAAUGCUACUCACAUCACCCCAUCCACCCACCCCGCUCCCUACCCGGAGCUGUCACUGUGGUGUUGGCCGACCUUGUAUUGUCUGCAAACUGUGGCCCUUUUAUUGAUGUCUGCAUCUGGCCCCUUGCUAAGUUGGUGAGCUCCUUUGGGAGCAGAGGGCCAGUGCCCUUGGAGGUGGGAGCUGUCGGGACCCUGAGCGACGGUGGCCGAUGCCGGCAAGCCCACGAACGAGCUGCGGGGCUGGGCGAGGCACUAUUUCCCCGGCCUUGUGGGUCGUGAGUGUUGGGCCUGGGGACGGCCGGGAGGAACGGUUAAUUUCUUGCUAUGGGAUAGUCUUUGUUUCUCAUCCCUAUGGGGUGUCAGAUAUCCGGCCGGACUAACAGACAGCAGGGGUGGGGGCCAGGAGUGCAUCUUUUAGGUAAUCAACGCCUCCGAAGUGUGAAAACAGAGGGUUUUGUGCGUUUUGGAGCACAUUUGUGCGGUUUUUACAUUGUACGUAUCCAUUUGUUCUUGAGUUUUCUAGGGAUGAGUGGGAGUGUGUGUGGUGUCCGUGGGUGAAUCACCACAUUGGGUGGCUGCCUCUGAGUCACCCCAAAGCCCGUGGUCCAGGAUGCUGCGGGUGGAGGCCGAGCGGUGGCCCCCCGUGGUAGAGAUGAUGGUGCCCACCUGUGCGUGGGCAGCCAGGAGGCCGCCCCUGGCCCUCUCCGUCCCCCUCCCGUGACCCCUGGCUCCUCCGGGCCGCUUGGCCGGAGUUGAAGGCGGUGGGCCUGAAUAGUUGUUCUUCAGGGCAGUUUGACAAUGCAAUAACUACAAGGUAGGGGCUUAGCAUAAUCUCCUUUGGGCGCCUUGGCGGUGUUGGGGCCCGGGGCCAGCGUUCCUCGGGCCUGAUUUUGUUCCUGGAUUUUCUCCUUUGAUUCUCUGCAGCUCUAGCUGAACUCGUUUAGUCUGGAAAGUCAUAUCGAGGUCAGUUAUUAGAAGAACGUUGCAAUGUUUUAUGCUGGUGGUGACCUCCGUUUUGGUAGCAGCCUUCUGGGCAUGUCCCCUUGUCCGCUCUCGGGCUAACCCCCCGACUCCCACAAGGAGAGGCCCUGCUUCAGACCCCCGGUCUCGGUUCACGUGGCGUGUGGGUGAGGGUCAUGUGUCGUCCCCACCGUCGUCGGGACGGGUCUCGCCGCUUCCCCGGGAGCGGGUGGCCCGUUGGCCGGGGUCGUUUUCUCCCCGUGGGAGUUGAGCGCUGCGUUCGAGGGGUGGCACUCGGCCCAGACCAGGAGAAGGACGGGACCGUCGAGUGGCCUCGGCCCAACAGUCAAAGUCUGGGUCGGCAGGGGAACCUUGGGCUCCGAAGUCUGCCGGUGCUGGCGGCGGCUGCACGGCGGGCUUGGGGCCGGGGCCGUUGCCCCGUCGCCCGAGGGAGGGGACCAUCAGUGCCAAGGUCCAUGUCCCGCUCACUCAGACUCCUCCUCUGGCCGAGAGAUUCCUGGAUACCGCUAUGGGGGGCGAGAUUCCGAGGGGGCGGUAACUUGCCGGUGCCACUCCAGGGGGAAGGAAGGACCUUCAUGUCCCUCCGGGGCUGAGCGUCACGGCUAGGCAUGGGCUGGGGGUGGUCUAGAGCGUCGGAUUGGCAUCAGGGGGGCCGGGUUGCAGGGACUGACCCGGGUAGCUCGGGUGUUGGUCUGGCCAGGAGAUCUGGCCCAUGUGGGCUUAGCUGGUGAGUUGCGGUGCCCCUCCCAGCGGGCUUUGGGGUCCCCUUGGAGAGUGGGCUUGGGCAUCUUCCGGAAAAAUCUUGUUCCCAAGGGCGUUUCCUCCAAUUUCCUACCCACCAGAAGCUCUGUGGCAGUCUAGGGGUGUGUGUGUGGUGCAUCCUGUGGGCCUGGGAGUGAGUUAGCCCUCAGGCCCGGGAAGCCCCCUUCGCAGCUAGACUCCACCUGCCCCCUCAGCCUCGAAGCUCCACGACAAAUGACGGCCGUUGUGGCUGCGGCUGGGGCGGCUUCUCCCGGAGCGAGCGGACGGAUGCGGGGACAAGCCUCCUUUGUUUCCUCCUUCCUUUUGGAGCACCACUGGGCCGAGGCCACCUGCUCCCGGGACCGGGGUUUGUGACGGACUUGAGGGCGGCUUAUAAGAUAUUUUGAUAUUCUCCGAGGUGCCGUGUAGAAAUUCCAUCGGAUUCUGUAGUAUUCAGUCCCCGGGACCUUUGUAUUUUUCUGUUUUCCGGCCGUUUGGAUUUGGGGGCCAGGUUGGCACGAAUUGUUUUCCUCUCAAGAUGCUGUAAACACAGUUUCAUCCAAAUGCCAAAUAAAUUUAUGUUCCGGGA